AUCUUGGCAUUGCUCGGGUUCUCCGCCUUUUAUAACCAUCUUCUCUCUCUAACCACUGCCAGCCACCUCUGCGCCCGUCGCGACCACUCGCGAAGUAAUUUUUGCUCCGCCCACCUGACGACUAAGGCGCGGCGUCGCCUCCGGCCGCCGGACGCGGCAGCCAUGGCGCCGGCGGUGGGGAUGAAGCGGUCGGCCACGCAGACCAUAACGCUGCCGCCGUCCGACGCGCGGCUCGCGGUGCGCGAUGUCAUGCGGUCCACGAUCCCGUCAUCCACGCCCGCGGCCGAGGCGCCGGUGGUCUCGGAGAGGGCUGCGGCGCCGGCCCAGGCGGUGGAGGGGUUCCUGUGCCUGGAGGAGGUGGACGGGAGGCGGUGGAGCUACGUGGUGGACGGCGGCGGAGCUGGGAAGGCGAGGGGCAGGGGCGGGGCCGCCGUCCCCGCGGGGCCCUCCGUUAGGGCCGUACCGAUGCAGUCGCCGCUGCCGCCCGCCGAGGAAAUAAUGGCAUUCAUAAGAUCAUAUGUUGUGCCUGAAGGGUUUCCAGACAGUGUUACUCCUUCAUACGUCCCAUACAUGACCUGGAGGGCUCUGAAGCAUUUCUUUGGUGGAGCAAUGGGGGUGUUUACGACAAGAACCUUGCUUAGCUCUGUUGGAGUCUCUCAAAGCAAGGUAACACCAGGUGCCAUUGCUAUCAACUGGAUCCUCAAGGAUGGUGCUGGGCGUGUCGGAAAAAUGCUUUUUGCCCGUCAAGGAAAGAAGUUUGACAACGACCUAAAGCAGCUGCGGUUUUCUAGUGAUCUCUUGCUGGAGAUAGGAGCUGGGAUAGAAUUAACUACUGCAGCAUUCCCUCAAUUUUUCUUGCCUAUGGCUUGCGUAGCAAAUGUUGUAAAGAAUGUCGCCGCUGUUACAUCAACUUCAACUCGCACUCCAAUUUAUAAGGCCUAUGCAAGAGGAGAAAAUAUUGGAGAUGUCACUGCUAAAGGCGAAUCUGUCGGGAACAUCGCAGAUCUGCUGGGCACUGGUCUCAGCAUCUUUAUCUCAAAAAGGAAUCCAUCACUAGUGACUUCAUUUGCCUUCUUGUCCUGUGGAUACCUCCUGAGUUCAUACCAAGAGGUGAGAUCUGUUGUGCUGAAUACCCUAAACAGGGCAAGGUUUACGGUCGCAGUGGAUUCCUUCAUUAAAACUGGUUCCAUCCCCUCCCUGAAGGAAGGAAACUCACAGGAGACGAUAUUUAACCCACCUUGGCGGCAUGAGCCAGUUGCAGUAGGUUCACGAUUUGGAGAAGCAUUUCAAGAGCCUGCUUCAUUUGUUGCCAUAAGGCCUCUGUUUGAGGACGAGAGAUACAUAGUAACAUAUAACCCAACAAAGGAUAAGGUAUAUGCUUUGCUCAAGGACCAAGCAAAAUCAGAUGACAUUCUCAAAGCUGCUUUCCAUGCUCAUGUGCUAUUGCAUUUUAUAAAUGCAUCGCAUGCACGGAAGCAGAAACAGGCGAACUCCAACCGAUCAGAUACCUGUGGAAACUUGUACUCAAGAAACAUGGAUUUCCUGGCGCACAUUGAUGAAUCUUGCAAAAUCGUUUCUUCAUCAUAUGGAAUUUUCAAGAAGAAAGCAAGAGAACAGGGUUGGAUAAUGUCCGAAUCACUGCUCAACCCAGGAAAGGCUCGAUUAUGUGGGACAAGACCGCAAUGAAUUUUCUGUUUCUGUUUGAUGUCAACGAGAUGAUACCAUGUCAUGUUUGUGAGACUAACUUUUCUGACGAGGCGGGACUCAGCUGUUAGGAGCUGAACUAACAUAUGUUGGCACUCAGCGCUAGGUUUGAAUCAGGGGACCUUCAAUUUCAAGCUACCAAAUUCGUGGGAGAGCAAGAGUUAUGCAAUAUGUACGUUCCCCUCUUUCGCGGCUAGGCUCUUCACACCGGACUGUCUGUUACUGAUCGAUUUCUGUUUGACAUUCCUGACAUAUACAGGAAUAAUGCCUGAACGAAGAAGAAUAAAACAUGCACGAGAGGUAUGCUGGUUCCACUACUGGGCGGUCAACGAGGGGGACUUGAAACUACUAACUGCGCAGACUAGGGACGUGUUUUAAAUAUGUUUGCUGCUGUAUCAGACUUGGGGUAGCCAUCCUGCUAUAACUUCUUUUGCGUGUUGGCCGGCAGCGUAGCUUCUUGUUUCUGUGUCUUUGGAGUUGUUUCUUUUAGCUGAGAUCCUCUUCCUUCCUAUCUUAGCGCCCUUCGUAAAUUCCAGUUUCUCUGUAUGACGAGUCAUCAGUCAUGCCGUCAACGAUGGUUUCCAUCUUGUAUAUACAUGCUCGGUAAUAGUUUGCAAGUCUUCUUUGUGCUGA